AUGCAGACUGCUUCUACAAACAUUUAUGAAAAACUGUGCAAUAAGUCCAUCCAUGAAAUUUCUUUGCUACUAAAUAUUCCACAGUCAACUGUUAGUGGUAUUAUAACAAAGUGGAAGCAACUGGGAACAACAGAAACACAGCCACAAAGUAAGAAGGCCACGUAAAAUGACAGAACAGGGUCAGUGCAUGCUGAUGCGCACAGUGCGCAGAAGUCACCAACUGCCUGCAGACUCAACAGCUAAAGACUUCCAAACUUCGUGUGGCCUUCAGAUUUGCCCAACAAAAAUGCAUAGAGAGUUUCAUGGCAUGGGUUUCCAUGGCCGAGCAGCUGCAUACAAGCCUUACAUCACCAAGUGCAAUGCAAAGCGUCGGAUGCAGUGGUGUAAAGCACGCCACCACUGAACUCUAG